AGAUGCAGCUGAAUAUCUCAUCUUAUUCCAGCAGGAAUUGUAACCGACACCCUUAUUCCCACUGAAGUAUUUGAAGCAGGUUUCACUGAUUACAAGGCUGUGUGAUUUACCUGAUGAUAACCAAUGUCAGUACAUUACUCCUUGACAUGUGACCGUGGGCUAGCCGUGUGAUUGGAUCAGGGUAUUAUUACCUGCCUGGGAUUGAGUAACAGCAACACUGUUACCGUGUGUUGGCCAGCAGAGGAUCUCCUGUGCUGCAAGGUUCAUGGGCCUUACCAAGUUUGCAGGUAAGAAGUACUCCAAGCAGCUCAGGACAAGUGGGGUGGAUUUCAACAAAAGCCUGCAUGUGGAUUAUCAGCUUGGUUCAAGUGUCCGUUGUGUGGAAGCUAGUGUGUGAGUGAUGGCUGCUGCACAGAGACAUAGUGGAGGCUGUAGGCUGGGACAGUAGAUGGCGCUGUCUUUUACUGCGAAGUUGUCUACACUGAAGUUACAACAUUCAUGAAGACCAAUCAACAACCGCACCCAGGACUUAUCUAGGAUUCCAAACUUAUUAUUUUCAAAAUUAGGAUUUUUGUUAAUGUUUUCAUUUUCUCAAAUUAGGAGUUGUUUUCACAUAGCAUUCAAUGCAAUUGUGAAAAAUAAGCUCUAAACCCUUUUUGAAAUUCUUUAUUGGUCCUGUAAUCAGUGUAAUACGAGUCAACUCUACAAAGCCAUAACAUUGGUUAUCACUGGUAAUACCUACAAGUACAUGAAUUGGGAAAUUCAUAAUUCCAAUUUGGAAACUCGUCCUGCCAUUGACUGCAGACUUCAUCAAUCUCUGAGCAGGCCUAGAUAAAUCCCUGACACAUACUGGCCAAAUCACCCUGCCAUGAGAACAAGCCAUAGAGGAAACACUUUCAGGAGUCACAAACUCAUGUGAUUGUGUAAUACCCUGACAAGACCCAAUGAAACAGACGGUUGACAAGGUACAUUUCAAGUGGGACACACAUGAGAAGGAGCAUAUUCACUCAGCUUUGAAGAACCUUCACGAACACACACUUCAGAAGACUGAAAUACAACCUAUUCCUGGAGAAGACGUAAAUCCUCCAAUUGCUGACACUUGCUUCCACCCAUCCCGGUCUGUGUUGUUUCUUCACGGUACAGAUAUCCAUCACUGAGUGUCGUAUCCCCUGCUUCUCAGGGUACUGAUAUACCAUGGACAGCAGGUACAUACGGUCUCGUAUCAUACUCAUGGAGCUGUGUCGACACUGAUAGCUCAUUCAUGCAACUUAUAACAACACUGGACAAGUGAUGAAGAAUUUGAUAUUCAUCAGUUAUGUAAAAACACUGCCAUAGUAUUCAGUAUAUAAAGUGGGCCAUUUUCCCCAAGGCUGCUUGUGUUAAUUGACUGCAAUAUACUCCAUACACAACCCCGUCUACAGCAUGUGGAAGGUCUACAGAAACCCCUGGCAACCUCAACUGGAAUAACUGGUGUGUCCAUCACAACAAGCUUCAACUCAUUUUCCGGUUUUGUUUGCUGUCAAGAUGAGUCGUAGUUUUGAUGACAACCACAGCUUUGGGUACUCUGAAAACACCUUACCCCGAGUGGAGCGUUCACAAACCACAUGGGCUCAACACAAGUCGCACAGAAGCAGACAAAACAAACCGCAUCAUGUCAGACCCAAUCACGAAAGUCCGGAACUUGUUUGUGAAAAUAUUUCUCCAUUCCCAGACCACACUAUGAUUAUACCACAGAACAGGAGACCAGCUGAUUCUGUCCACGUGGUUCCUUCGGAAACAUAUACCCAACUUCCAAGUGCCAGAAACCUAAGUCGGAGGUUGAAGAGCUCGAAAGAAGACGAGCAGAGACUUAAAUACAAUGCAGCCUUCUAUAGUGAAAGAGGCAGGAGAGAGAUGGAUGUUGCUCCAUCCCCUCGAGAAAAGGGUUUGAAUCUGGAGAAUAUUGGUUCGUCUGUUCCACAGCACCGGUUGGCCUUCACGCAGCAGUUACAGACAUUGCAGCCUAACAGCAGUCAGUCGAUGUAUUGUCGGGGUGAGUCUGUGAUGAAACACGACGUGCUGCUGAGGAGAAGACCGUCUGUAAGUCACGAUGUGGAGAGCAGAACAUACUCUCCCAUGCCCCGAAUCCCGAACCCACAUAGCUUGGUGCCCCGACUCAACCUUCCUCCUGAUCUCGGACUAAGCAGGGAAAACACACUUGUUGAAUAUUCUCGGCGAUCAGGUGUUCAAACUACGCCCACGGCACAAGAGAAUACUGGUCCAUGCUUCAGUUCAACUCCUAGAGACAAUUUUACAAUGAAACCAAAGGAAAUAUCGGACCCCCUUGAUUACAUUCAAGAACACCAAGUUCAAGAAAAGAAGUAUUCCAUUCUGCCCUCUAUUGGAACUCCUCGGCACAAAAGGAAAGGUAAGGGAGGUAACUCUCAACAUCUCAACCAACUGGACUACACACGGGAGCAGUAUGAAUCGGAUGCAGAAUUCUUCUCAGACUACAAUACAACCAUGGAUUCACCCGAUAUUAUUUCUCAUGAGGGUCCAGUUCCGUUACCACCAAUACAAAUAAGUUCUGGUCGUAGAAACCACCGUGAAACGCAGACCAGGAAACAUUCAGUGACUAGUGGCCACAAGGAAGGGGAUGAGCAACUGUCAUCGUCGGAGAUAUCGUUUUCAGAACGACUCAUUACAGAGACGAGUCCUCCAGGCUCAAAGUGAAUCAAAUAGCGAUUGGUUGUGUUCAUUGUUGACUAUGCACUUGACCAGGUCAGUGAAGACGUGUUCAGUAACAGAACUACCGCGGUGUAGACGGGUGCUGAACUAAACACAGAUUACCCCUGCCUUGUCAGCUCACACACCCUUUUGACAAAGCAAAUGUAGUAUGUUGACUGUAUACAUUAAGUGAGACACAUUGCUACACAGAGGCUCAGUGUGACGAGGUACAAGCUUGUAUUGAACUGUGUCAACGUAAGACAACCCCUGUAGCUGCAUUUUCUAUUUUCUAAACAAUUCAACACAUUUUUACAAAUCCUGUUAUGUGGCUUACAGUGAAAUAAAUUGUACAUAGUUCUAAAAACGGAUACUCUUGUAGUUUCUCGGUAAUUGUGUGGAUCAUACAUCAUGUCUAGAGUGAGUGAGGUUUUCCGCUGCUUUGAGAAAUAAUCCAGCAAUAUCACGGCAGGGGACCCCAGAAAUAGAGAAUCUCAUCCGAGGGACUUUUGAUAUCAAAUAUAUGAACAUGUGUUGCUAUGUGUUCAAUAGCAUUCUUAAACUGAAUUUUCAACCAAAAGAUUUAUAACAGCAAUAUCUACAAUGUAGAUAUCGCUUGAUCUCACCCAAGCAAUAUGUCAUGUGGGAA